AUGUUCAGUUUGAACAGUUCUGGGAGGGCGGCCGCCGCUCCUACCAUGUAUUCUGUUAAUACCACCAAAAGUCAUACAAAGAAUGAUUCUUCAGUUGGUUCCUCUGCAGACUCCCUCGAGCCAGCUAUCGAUGGCCCGCCUUCGCCCGAACGUAUACGUGCCUAUACCGAACAGAUGAAAAGGAGUUCGAUUUUUGGGAACAAUUCGAGGACCAAUACAUUAUCUUCUGGGGCGUCGUCCUUCCGCUCACGCGAGUCUGCCUACGCCUCGACCGAGAAUUUGUCUCGAAAAUCAUCUGUAAGGUCAAAUACCAGCGGUAUGCCAUCGCCACGCGAAAGACCUGAGAGCCUCCAAAAGCUUGGCUCUCUAUUCUCAAGGAGUGGAAGGAAGUCGAGACGGGAUAACUCUUUGGGAAACUUGGCGUCGCCUUUUAUUUUUCCAGAAGGAAUCUCCGAAGAAGAGUCCGCUGCGGAGCAUUACCAUGGGACAGGACACGGUUCCCGUCACGGCGCGCUGCAUAAUUCCCCUCCGCGCACCCAAGAAGGACGAAGGUGGCCAUCUAUCUCUGAGCCAUUCAACUUCCAACAUGUUACCCAUACUCGCCAAGACCAUUUACCUGAUUUAGCACGAUCCAGCCGUAUGGAACUAGUUUCGGAGUUCUCUGCUAUUCGCGCAUCUCAAACCCCCGCGCACGGGGAACUGAAAGAGAUCAAAGUCCAGGACCUACACUUCAACAAUUUUUCCUCUGAAGCUCUCAGCACCCCUCUUGAGAAAACCCCCAACACUUCUCCCCAGGGUCGACGGCAACGAGCUGUACUUCGCAAGUCUUUGAGCCCCCCUCAGCGUCCAGUUCCUCUUGCAAAGUCUCAUGACAACUUGAGAGUAGCUCCCCCCCGCCCACCACGUUCACCUUUAUCGCCUACCUGCCCAAUAGCGCUGCCUCCGAGAACCUCAUCUCGGACGGCUUCAGUUCUUUUUGAUACAUUUGACCCUGUAUAUAAUACAAGUAUUGAGCGUCCACGAACUGCCGGAGCAUUUCAAAGACCUGCACCCUUUGAUCACCCACUCAUAUUUGAGCAACAAGAGCAUGUACCAAAUCAUGAAACAUUACAUGCCUUGACUCCCCCUGGAGAUGAUGCCUGGCCUCUGACAGCACCUUUGGCGGGAAAGUGUGCAAUGGAGCUUACCGACGUGAAAGAGGAAGAGGAAGAAACUAUGAAAGCGUCAAGAGCCAGUUCAGAAUUGAGAGCGUCCCGAUCAGUUCCAUCGCUUCAGUCCAAUACUUAUGAACAAGUACAAGAUAUUCGAGCGUCCACGGUCCUGCUUCCCGGGCUCUCUAGUCGCGCCUCUGCUCUACGAAGAUCUCCUUUGUCACCUGGCUUCCGUUUCGACCAAGACUGGGAAAAAGACAUUGACUAUUGCUACGAGAAUGAGAUAGAAGCGGAUUGUGAUUACCAAUGGGUUGAGGAGCAGAAUGUCACAGUGGAUGCUCCAUCCCUCACCCCUCAACCGCAGAUGGAUCUACACCUCGAAGAUGAUAAUCGUCCCACCUACCAUGGACGCUUCCGCCCGAGCCUCAUCGUACCAUCUGCCUACGAGGUACCUGAACUGUCCCCCAUGUCAAAUAUAUCAGCAGUCUCUUCCGACCUGCGUUCCCCUGCGGCCUUCCUACAGCCAAAUCCUAUCCGAUCGUCUUAUGCAUCCUCUUUCAAGGAGUCUCAUGGUUUCAAUUUGUCGCCGUCACUUUUGAUCCCUACCGAUUUUCGUUCACAAAUGGAGCAGGAUAGCUUGUACGGUGACCAAUAUGGUACCAAUCACUCUACAUCGGCGGCAGUCUUUGGGCAGCAGGAGCCCUACUGUCAUUAUAUACCACCAUCGGAUGAGACAUCGUCCAGUAUUGUCUCGUACCGCUCGUCAAACUUCUCUCGUGGUUCAGCCCGCAGCUCUUCUAGCACUCGCCUUUCAGCGACCAAUUCAAGAAACAGCAAAGAUUCGGCGAUGUUCUUGAGUCAGACCUCAAUUAACGAAACCCACCGCAGUAUAGGAUCUGCAUCGUCGCUCCCGGAUCUCGUCCCCUCUGCAGUAUGGAGGCUUGAAAAAAAGCCAGAUACCGGAGAUCUUGGUAAUGAUACCGCAGCACCAAACCAAGGUGAGGAUUUAGUGGUACAAGUUUCAGACUUCGUUCCUACGCCGCAUCGCCGCUAUAAAUCUCUUGCUCCAGAAGCACGCGUUGCAGAGAGUAUCGGCCAAUUUUCACCCCAGAUCCCUCUAGCAGCUCGGUCAGAACUUGUUGACGAAAACUCUACUCUCAGCCCAGUUGCAGAAUCUUUCAUCGAUACAACUAAGCAAGGGAAGACCCAUGGGCAAGUUCAUGGAAGGAAAAGUUCGGCUCCGGUGGUCAGUCACUCGGCGCGAGAAAAGGGCAGAGCAAGAGCAUCGACGUUAACUCUUGCGGGAUCUACGCCGGGUGGGAAAAAGAAGGCCGGGUACAUGCUAUUCCCUCAAGUUUAA